AUGUCGAGCCCGAUCGUGGUUAUAGUGCAUACCAAAGCCUCUAGCAUGAGCGCCAAAGCCGAAAUGCUGGAAGACAUACAUGUAGUGGUGGAGAGUGCCAGGAACAAUCAAACAGAAGCGUUGAAAUAUGCUGUCUGCCUCCCUGAAAACUCAGCUGACACAAGCAUCUAUAUCUUUCAGGAGUAA